AUGUCAGACAUCGAUGUCCUUAUUAUCGGUGGAGGGCCAACUGGCCUCACAGCGGCCCUCGAGCUCGCAGCACAGAAGGUUCCGUUUCGCAUCAUCGACAAAGCCACACAGCGUUCAUCUUACAGCCGAGCACUUGUGCUACAGCCCCGGUCGCAGGAGCUUCUCAACCGCCAUGGCGAUGUAAGGGAGCUCUUGGACGCCGGGUUCCAGGCAGUGGGAACCACCACUGCCGUCAAUGGCAAGAAGGUCGUCGACGUCAACGUGGACUUCGUUGGUAUCACUCCAACGGUCUUCCCAGCGCCAAGGUCUAUAUCACAGGCCGAUACAGAGGCCUGGCUCGACCGCAUCCUGGCAAAGCACGGCGCUGCUGUCGAGAUGGGGGUCGAGGCCAAGAGUAUCGAACAGGACGACGAGGGUGUAACGGUGCGACUGGUUUCACAGAGCGGCGCCGAAGAGACUAUCAGGGCCAAGUAUGUGGUCGGUGCCGAUGGAGCUCACAGCUGCGUCCGGCAUUCAGCCAAGACGAUGACCUUUGACGGAGAUGCCUACCCGCAAGAGUUCGUCCUAGCCGAUACGCACAUCAAAACCAACUUGCCCGUCAACAGGGCUUAUUUCUGCUUGGGCACCGGCGUGUGCGUAGUCCUUCCCAUGAAGGGAGGAAUGGUGCGCCUGGUGGUCUCGCGGCCGAACCAACCCAAGACCGGAGUUCCACAGCUUGAGGAGUUUGAAUCCUUCAUGAAGGGGGUGUUUCCCGGCGAGGUAAAAUUGUACAAUCCUACCUGGCUAACGCGCUUCAAUUUGCACCACCGCGGCGUCAACAAGUACCGCGAGGGCCGACUCUUCGUAGCGGGCGACGCCGCACACAUUCACUCCCCAGCUGGCGGCCAAGGAAUGAACACUGGCAUCCAAGACGCGAUCAACCUUGGCUGGAAGUUGGCUGCGGUGCUUCGAGGCGAGAAGCCAGACUCGUUUCUCGAUACCUAUGACGACGAACGACGACCUGUCGGCCAGCAUCUCCUCAAGACUACAGACAAGCUGUUCUCCUGGAUCACAUGGACGAAUCCUAUCUACCUGUUUCUCCGCAACCUCAUCCUGCCCUGGACCAUGCCCCUUAUGACCAGAAACCCCGAGAAGAAUCUGCAAGCAUUUAAAUUCAUGACUGAGUUCGGCAUUCGCUACAGCCGGAGCCCUAUCGUCGGCACCGCUCCUGGUUUCCGCGGGCCCAUCCUAGGAGGUAACCGUGCGGUAGACGGAAAGCUUGAUGGCCCAGAAGGCGAGAAGUACCUCCAAACACUCUUCACCCCCGAGAGCCAUCACCUCGUACUGUUUUCAGGUGUCAAUACUGCAGCCGCUAGCGAGGGCGAUUUGCACCGCGCCGAGACGAGGUUCCUGGAGGCCUGUAGGACUCAGACCAAAGUACACACCAUCUUUGGGCCCAGUCAAGCUGGAAAAUCUGGUUACGUCGAUAUCGACGGCGCCGUUCACAAGUCCUAUGGCUUCGAAGGGUCUGGAUACGCCCUGGUACGCCCUGACGGGUAUGUGGCACACAUUGGCCCCUUAUCGGCGUUUGAUGGACUCCUUGAAUGGAUCCAGUGA